AUGGCUCCCGUGUUGAAAUUCGUUCCUUUUGUAGCCCGUUAUAUCCAAGAAGGUGGCGCUGAUGAAGAAUGGAUAUGUAGGAGAAUAAAUAAAAAAGAGCUAGAGAACAUGAUUGGUUAUGGUCCCAAAGUCCAUGUGGUCACCGUUUUGGCGGGAAAACUAGGAGUAAACUUGGCAACCCAGAACGUCGUAUGUGCCACACGUGUCGGUCGUGCACCUAAAUUGGGGGAAGCAGAAAAAUCACUAGCGUCCCGCCCGCGACCCAUCGUCGUUCGUCUGGCGCGUCGCGUUAUACGAGACGAGCGGCGCGCGUCCGUCGCGGCGCCACCACAGACGGUACAGGGCUGCCGGGAGGAUCACGCCGCUUUUAUGUUAAUGAAAGAUUGA